AUGAUCUCUUAUCAAGCUUGCCAAAAAUACCUUGUCCGCGAAGGCCACGGAGCUGUUCUGAAAUGUUUUGAUGCCCUAUUCAGUGUCUUGCACGAAUGGAAAUCAGUAGAUUCAGGUACAAAGGAGGAUACAUGGCAUAUUGUGCUUAAAGGCUGCGAGGUCUCUGUUCGUGAAUUGGUUGGGGUGAUCAAGCCUCCCGGUUCUACUUCUGGUCUCAACAGAAAUGAUCUCUUAGAGAGAAGAAAUGCUGUUAAGAUGCAUGCCUACCUUUUGUGUCAACUCAUCGAAAUAAUCGAGAAUGAUUCUACUGCGGAGAGUAGUGCCUCUUCUUCGGUAAAGGUCGGACGUGGACGCAGCAAGGCUCUGAAUUCUGCCGCCAAGGUUCGUCGACCAGAAUUCGACAUGUCUCUCAACUGGCCAGAUGAGUGCUCCACUGCUAUCACAGUGCUGGAUCAACUUUGCAAAUUGGAUAUCAAACAGUUCUGGGAUCCCCCAGUAGUUGAAGAUGACUUCGUCAAUCUUUUGGCGAAUAGCUGCUACAAGUUGUUGGAAAACAAGUCGUUAUCGGCCAGUGCGAUGCUGAGGAUGGCCAUCACAAAUCUCCUGAGCACUCUGAUUCAAUUCUAUAAGCAUGGAAUCGCCUGCUGCUUGAAAUUGGCCCAAAUGCUCCAAUGCUUUGCACACACGGCCAACGUACUCUCCGCAAUUGUUAACAACUUCAUGACUGAUGAGACCAUGGUACCUUUUGUCAAGGAAUUACUCACUGAAAUUUGCAGUUACAACGGCGAGGAUCUGGAGCGCGAUUCGACGGGAACUCACAACUUGUGCUCCUUCCUGGAAUUGGUGUCGUCAGCGCACCCCUCAUUGGCAACCUCUAUUCUCCCGCUGAUCCGCACUCGGCUCUCCGAAGACCCCUACCAGAUGCGCAAUUGUGCUCUUAACGUGAUUGGCGAGGUCCUGCGCAACCUCCACGCCGACCACGCACAGAUUGAGGGGAAGGAUAAGAUACAGCGUGACCGCCUCAUGGAUGUACUCCAGGAGCAUAUUCACGAUGUUAAUGGAUUUGUGCGUGCUCGCGCUCUGCAAAUUUGGUGCAAUCUUGCUUCUGCUGGAGGCUUACCAAUCAGACGGCAAGUUCAGUUGGCCAGUUUGCUUGUUGGAUCGGAGGGGGCUGUCUUCGAUGUCUCUAGUUUGGUCCGGAAAUAUGCUAUGCGUCUUUUAACUGUCAUCAUUAUCCAAUGCCCAGCAGCUAAGCUUAGUAUGGAAGAUUUAGCCAGGGUUUUGAACAAGGAACAGAUGAGGCUUCAAGUAUUAGAGGAAAAUUUUGGUCGUUUCAAUCAAGAGGAUACUGCCGUAUUACCGUCAAAUCCGGCCAAUACCGAUGAUGCCAAAAAGUGUCUUUCAGAAGACCAUGAAGGCGAAGGAGGGAAAGAGGAAGAGAAGGGAGAAGAGAGUGAUGGAGAGGAGGAAAGCAGGAGAGCAGAAUCCGAGGCGGAAGAAGAGGAAGACGUGGUAGCCGAGCAAGGCGUAUCGGAAGCGGCGGCUGCUCUUGAGGCGGUCAUACACUCAGCGGCGCAGGUGGCCCAGGAGGGACAGAUGAAUGCCACUCCCUCCCACCCGCCACCCAUCUCCGCUGAGGUGGCCUUUGAGGCCCAGAAGGCAGAUCUGGUUCGCCAGCGCGCCUGUGUGGCCUACCUGCACGAAAUGCAGCGCUUCGCUGUCUACGUAUCCACAGGCAUCGAGGAUGUGUGCAACCUCCUACACUCCAAGAAUGUUACCGAUGUCCUCGAAGCCAUUGAAUUCUUCCUCACUGCUAAGCAGGCCGGAGUGAGAAACCUGGACGCCGCUCUCCGCCACAUGAUGGCUAUGGUUUGGUCGCAGGAGGAACAAAUUAGGAAAGCCGUUCUCGAUGCCUCCCGUCGGCUCUACUUCCAGCCGGAUAUAGUGAACGAGUCUUUUACGGUGGAGGGUCGUCUGUCCUCAGCGGCGCUGGCAGCGGUCAUUUCCACCCUUGUGCGUCUUGUCUCGGAAUCAACAAUGGGCGAUUUCGUUAGCCUUGAACGCAUCCUGCGGGAGCUCCUCGAUCUGGGCCACGUGGACGAAGAUCUCAGGCGCGAGCUUUGGAGUCGCUUCACCGAUCUUGCCGCCGCUAUGACUGACACCGCCGCCUUUCGCUCCGAGCGUCGACAGGAGCUUAAAGCCCUCCUUAUUCUUCUCAAAAUGAUCUCCUCACCAAGUAGGAAAAAUUUGGAGUUGCAUCUCAACGAUCUUGUCAAUUAUGGUCUUGGUGCCGCGACGGGAUACGCGAAUAUCGACUUGGAAUGCGCCAUGUAUGCAUGCAUGGCGAUCCAACAGAUGAUUCCUACUGAUAAGAUAGGGAAACAGAAAAGUCAUUCUACCCGCUCAACACCCGUCAACCCGAAAUCUCACGAGCCUUUUAGGCUACCGGUUUCGGACCCGCUUUGUACUUCCUUGCGCAGACUUCUCAUCUCAACAUUUGCAUCUUCUUCUCGCCUUCAUUGGAUUCCUUUGAUGGAGCAGGCGGUCGCGACAAUCUUUCAACUCAUCGACACACCAAGUCUGGUUAUGGCGGAAGUGAUCCGUGAAAUUGGUGAGCAGUUACUCAGGACACUGAUGAAGCCUCCAUCUUUUACGCAGCCGCAGAAGGAGGCUCAGGAGCCGUCACAACUGGACGACGAGGGAGAGGAGAACAGCCAGGCGCAGGGUGACGUCGAUGCAGCCAAUGAUACCGCUGAGCCCACGUCGCAAACGGUUCCACCCACCAUCCCAUCAUUCAUUUUGGCGCGAUUCAUCGCUCUGGCUGGACAUGUAGCCCUCAAAAUGCUUGUUCACCUGGAGUUCUCCAUCCUGAAUGAGCUUAAACGGCGUGAGGUCAUUCAGGAGGAGAGCAAACAGGCAAAAAAGCAUUUUGUGAAGACCCCCAGGUCGGCAAGACUGAAUGCUAAUCCCAAUGCUUCGACCCGCCUUGACACCACCACCAAUGGGACCCAGAAGGGCGACACGAGCGGAGGCGCCGGUAACAGCGCCUUGGAGGAGGAGGCUGCUCUCCUUGGAGCGGUUGCUGACGAUGCCGAAGCAGACUAUAUACGGAAUGUUCUCAACAACGAAAUUGUUCUUGAACCUGACCACCUGCUAUCUCGCCUCCUUCCCUUGGUGGUGCAUGUUUGUUCACAUCCUAGCAGAUACGUUGAUCCCGACCUGCAAGCGUCUGCCUCACUUUCGCUGGCGAAGUUUAUGCUGGUAAGCAGUGCGGUGUGCGAGCAGAACCUGCAAUUGCUAUUCACCUUGGCGGAGCGCAGUCCCUCCGAUGUGGUGCGUGCAAAUUUGAUCGUGGGCCUAGGUGAUCUGGCUCGUCGUUUUCCCAACCUCAUCGAGCCCUGGACGCCAAACCUCUAUGCCCGGCUCAGGGAUACCUCUCCCAAAGUCCGCAUCAACGCGCUCAACACCCUAAGCCACCUCAUUCUCAACGACAUGGUCAAGGUCAAGGGACAGAUCAGUGAAAUGACGGUUUGUCUGGUAGAUGAGAACGAUCGCUUGAGGCAAUUGUCACGUCUCUUCUUCCGAGAACUCGCUCAAAAGGGCAACGCUCUCUACAACGUCAUACCUGACAUAAUCAGUCGUCUCAGCGAUCCCGAAGUGGGAGUCAAUGAAACCAAGUUCAGAACGACUGUCGAUUUCCUGUUCCCGUUGAUUGAGAAGGAACGACUCUGUGAAACCCUGGUGGAGAAGAUCUGCUCUCGCUUCCGAGUAACACAGACGGAGCGGCAGUGGCGUGAUCUGGCCUACUGUCUGCGGGUAAUGUCCUUCAACGAGCGUAUGAUCCGCACAUUGCAGGAAAACUUGCCCAUCUUUGCACAACAGCUCUCCAUCCCCGAUGUUUACCAAUCCUUCUCGGAAAUCCUCGCCAACGUUAAGAAAAACGCCAAGACUGAUGCUCUACCGCACCUGGAAGAAUUCGAGGCUAAAAUCGAGGAGUUCCAUCGAAAAGGUGUCGCCGACGAAGAGGCUCUGCAGCGCGCUGAAGUUAUGGUGAAGAAGGCGGUGGCAAAGCGGCGCCGAAUCGCAGCGCCCGACGCACGCAAGUCAGUGCGCCGUGUCAACCAAAUGGGCAGCGGUGACAUUGAUAGCGGGGAGGCUGAAAAGGCGGAGGAGAUGGUGGCGGUGCGCCCUCCCAGUCCCCGCAGGACCCGAACUCGUCGCACUGCUGCUACCUCCAGAUCCUAUAUGAUUUUCAGCUCAGAUGAAGAGGAGGCGCUUCAAACCGUCCCAGUGAAAUCAACUUUAAGAGCAGCCCCUGAGGGCGGGAAAGCGCAUAUCCGUCCCAAAACUGGGGCGGGAGUGGUUUGUGGUGGCCACUUGGAACAACCGCAAACAGUUGUUGCGACCACGUGGGUCAUGCCUACAACCCCAUCGACAUGCGUGGAUGUGUACAUGAGUCAACUCCCACCUCUCGGAAAAACAUCAUUUCAACCCCAUGAGACGAGCGCUGAGUCUGAGCAAUGCGUCAGUGAAGAAGCUCGUAAAGAGGAUUACCUGAUAGCCUUAUGUCCCUACAAGAAUACGAUGAGAUAA